AUGUCGCUGGUUGACAGUGAGGCUUCAUUUCGGCAGCGAUGUCAAGACGUCGGCGGGGGUGCGAUUCACACCGCACUGUCUGACCAAGGGAUCACUUCCUUUGCCUCGCUUGCAUAUUCAUGUGGCACGCCUCAGGAUCGACCCACACAGGCGGAAAUGGACGCAUUUGCGGUAAAGAUCUUGGGGGCUGCUCCCCGUUUGGGGGAUGUGUCUAUCUUGAAGCGAUUGAUGUUUGAGUCCUCCACAUAUGUCAUAGCUCAGUUGCGUCAAGCUGUGCAAGGGGACUCUGCCGAACAGCCUCGAAAGCUUCCACUUGCUGAGAAACAGGCCAGGGCCGAAGAUCAGCGCCGUCGGCUUAGUGGAGUGCAUAUAGAGCGUGAUUUGGUCCCUUCCCAUGCUCUGGUGGACCUCUGUUGUCACAUGCAUGAUGUGGGCAUCACUUGGAUAUCGCCAGGCAAAUGCACUAGCCGCGAAUCAGAAAUUCAGCUUUCAACGAAGGACCAAAGCAAAAUCUUUCGACUUGAGGACAACUCCUUGAAGGUCGGAAGUGAACAGCCCAAGGACAUUGCUUCUUAUGAUUCGCCGAUCAAGUUGCAGUGGUGCCUUCAGCGCCGCGGUCUGGCCUUGGACCAGGCUAAGGUACUGACGUGGGCCCAGCAUGAGCGUUGGGUUCACUGCUUGCUUCACGCACUGACUAAGGAGUGCCCUCCAGGGUUCCACAAGCCUGAUAUGAACCGCAUUGUGCAGGCCGAUCGUGAAGCCUGGUUGAUCAUGGCGUCCGACGUGCCAUCGCUUAAGCCCAGUACCGCUGGCGAGUACCCUCUGGGUAAGGCUCUGGAUGCUUUGCGGACAGACCCUCGGAUCACCAUGUACUUGAUGGCUACCUGGGGCCGUGCACCGGAUGUUAAGGUGAAGGACUGUCCCGAGCCGCCAAGCGCCGUCGCCGUGCAAAAGAGGCGGCUACCGCUGCCAAGCAUACGACACCAGGACGGAGUACAGGCUACAAAGGCACGCACCAUGCCGGCUGAACUUAAGAAUGCUCACCAGAAAACCGAGGACGGCAAGCCCAUCUGCUGGGACCAUAACUGUGCCGGCUGCAAGGCCAAGACUGAGGGAGACCCACCGCGCUGCCCUCGGGGUGUCCACGCGGCUGCCAUUUCUGGCUAUGGCCCACACUCAGUGGGCUUUCAUUUUCCACCUGCUGCCACUUCUGAGGUUGCCGACGUGUUGGCACCCGCGGAGGCGAUAGCAUUGCAAUGCCUACAGGCCGGUUUUGCUAGUCACGACGAUUUUCGGAGCUUGAUCGCUUUGCUACCUGCAGACACCGCCGGUGCCCCGUCAGAAGAAUCUGUGGACCCGACAGCUCCCAAAUCUUUCACAUCCGGCGCAUAUGUCCAUCAAGCCAAAGCCGGACUGCGCUCUAAUUUUCACGCCUUUCCUUUCAGUACCAUGCUUUUGGCCGCCGUCUUGUCGGCGUCUUUUGGCUCUCGCUGCUUCUCGUCUGUUGGACUUUUCUUGAAUUUAAAGGCGCCUCUGCACAACGACGCCAACAACGAUCAUGCCCAUCCCAACCUGAUCUUGCCUGCCUCUGUUUUCCACAAAGGCCAGAUUUGGGUUGAGGGUAAAGGCGAGUGUCCGUGCCCCGACCCCGACGUGCCGCGUCUGGGCUACUUGCUGCCUGUUGCUGACGGCCCACAGUUGCUUCCUUCAGAGAGGCUGCACGCAACUUGUGAUUGCGACGGUACUCGCUUGUUGAUUGUUGGAUUCUGCAUUCGUGACACUGGCCUCCUGUCCGAGGCACAUCGUGUUCGACUUCUUGAUGCUCGUUUCCUCCUGCCUCAAGUUGAGUCCGGAUCGGCCUCAGACGCUGUGCCCCCCGUGCCACCGCACAAGCGGCCCAAGGAGGCCUUUCCGCAACGGGCCACACCGCUGGUUAUCGAGGUCUUUGCCGGCACGGCUCGGCUCAGCACUGCCUGUCAGAAGCUGGGUUUCAGAACGCUUGCAAUUGAUAAAUCCACAGCACGUGGACGCUUCCCCAUACAACGUCUUGACCUCACCGAUGCUGACGACCUUUGCAUUCUUCUGGAUAUCAUCCGUCUUGAGGCGGCCAAUAUUGUCUGGAUCCAUUGUGCGCCGCCAUGUGGCACCGCGUCUGCGGCGCGCUCAAGACCCAUUCCAGAAUUGACUGCUGCUGGUGUUCGGGUGCCGCAACCUUUGCGCAGCACUUCCGAACCCCAAGGACUCUCCACUUUGACUGGCGCAGAUCUUGAACGGGUCCAGAAGGCCAAUAUGCUCUACCGUGCCGUGCAAAUUGCUGACCUGGCUCGACAAUUGAACAUCUUCGUCACCGUGGAAAACCCACGCAACUCUUUGGCUUGGUUGUGCGAUGGCCUGGACGAGCUGUUCCGCUCACCACAUCACACCGUGGUCUACGAUGCCUGCAUGCAUGGUGGCACACGUGACAAAACCACCCUGUUGUGGUGCUCUGCCGAUUGGUUUCAGCCUCUCGCUCUCCGAUGUUCACGUGACCACCAGCACGCUUCUUGGAAACCUCGUUUGCAGCCACAUGCUACCUCUUUCCCGACUGCCGAUGAGGCUGCAUAUCCAGUGCUGCUUUGUGAACGAAUGGCCCACAUCAUUGCCGCACGUGCUGGGGGACUGGCGCUUGCUGUAUACUUGCAGCGACAGCCUCGCUUUGCACGACCAUUGGUUGCCUGCUAUUCUGGAAGUGAUGACUGGGCCAUCCCUGUUCGAUCCGAUGAUCUCACCUCCACGCAUCGACCUGUCGUCGUUGCAUUCCAAAUACCCCCAACGGGUGAAGAUCGCGCUGAUUGUAUUGAGGAGGACCACCUCAAGCAUGACGAGACAGUUGCGAUAACAGGUUUCGUUGCUGCAGACGAUCCGUGCUCCGAGCAUGCGGAGAUUGUUUCUGUUGGAAUACCCAAAGAACCUUGCGACUUUGUGGCGGAUGCCGUGAAGGCUGGACAUCCUAGGAAUGCUUUGAACGCGAGCCGGGAAGGACCUUCCUCCAAAGUUGCAGAUGCCAUCCUAAUGGAUUUCGAACGGAGGGAGCGGCUUGCCUCAAAAACCAAGGAUCGUUGGAGUCAGAUUGCGGCUACGACUAAGCCCUUGAAUCACAACAUGUUGAAGCACAAGCCGGACUACAUUGUGACCGCGUUAGGGGAUAAGAACCUUUUGGCCUGGAAAAGUAUUCUUGGUGACGAUGGCUUCCCGGACCAACAACUCUGGUCCGACCUGCGCGAUGGACUUAGGCUGACUGGCUGGAUGCGGGACACUGGAAUCUUCGACAAGAAAGUCCGUCCCCCGCAAACAUCGCUGGAGCACCUGCUAAGUCAAUCCCAGUACCAAACACCGUUGACCUUGAAAAGGCUACAGAAGACUGUUGUUGACAUCACGGCACGCAAGGCGUGGGCUGAAACGGUGGAGGAAGAGAAGAAGGGAUGGAUCUUUCGGGAUGAAAGUGCAAAUCUUGAUGACAUAGUCUUGGCCCAUCGUUUCGGCUUGCAACAGAAGGACAAAGUUCGCGUGAUCGACAACGGCAAGGAGUGUGGCCUCAACUUGGCGUGUGGGCUACCCGAGAAGUUCACCCUGCAUGGAGUGGACGUGCUUGCUGGAGUUUUCAUUGAGUUGCUCAACCGCCCUGAAGCUGCCGGCAAAAGGAUCAAAGGGAAAACCAUUGAUCUUGUCUCUGCGUACAAAUUCUAUCCAAUCCACCCUCAAGACAGGCGUCACUUGAGGAUCGGGGUCUAUGACACCGACUCUGGCAUGGUCAGGAUUUAUGGAACCAACGUUCUUCCUUUCGGUGCCACCGGAAGUGUGGCGGGUUUCCUGCGAGUUUCGGCGGCGAUUUGGCAUACGGGCAUCCAGGACCUUGGCCUGGGAUGGUGCGCCUACUUUGACGAUUUUCCUUUGAUGGCCCUUGAAGGUCAUGAAGACCAGGUUGGAGGAUUGGCUGGAGAAGUGUUCGACGCACUGGGGAUCCAAUACGCAAAGGAGGGUAAGAAGGCCACUGACUUCGAUUACACCUUUGCCGCCCUGGGAUUGCAGUAUGACUUGACGAGAUUCAAUGAGGGGGUGGUCAUCAUUCGGCAUACGGAAGCACGUACUGCUGAGCUGGUGGAGACUCUCGAGGGAAUCUUACGUGAUGCUGUACUCCGACCUAAGGAUGCGGAAGUUUUGAGGGGAAGGAUGCACUGGUUUACUUCGUAUCUUUUCGGUCGUGCGCCGUGUGAGGCGAUGAGACAGAUAUCCUUGAGGGCACAAUGUAUGGACUCGUGCACAAGGCUCACUGACGACUUGACAGAGGCGAUUCAAACUUUGCUCCGCUACGUGGUGGAUUCCAGGCCAUUGGAGCUAAGGCAAACGACGGGGCGUGAGCUGUAUGUUUUUACAGAUGGCUCGUAUGAGCCCACGGCUGAGAAGCGAGCCGGCAUCGGUGGCGUCCUCUAUGACAGCGCUGGCACACCGUUGUCGUUCUUCUCUGCACAGGUGAACGAGGACGAUCUGCGGGCUCUUGAGGAAACUUCUGAUCAUCCGAUAUAUGAGGUUGAACUGUAUGCCGCAUUGGUUGCAGUUGAGCUUUGGGGACCCUUAUUAGAGGAUUCCUUUUCCGUUUUUUACCUUGAUAAUGAAGCCGCUCAGUCAGCACUCAUCGCGGGCCGUUCGGGCACGGAUCAUGGAAGGAAGCUGGUCCAACGUUUCCUGGAUGCUGAACACAGGUGGCGGGCAAGGCCAUGGUUCGGGCGAGUCCCGACUCACUCGAAUCCAGCGGACGAGCCAAGCCGCGACUGCUGCAAAAGGCUCUUGAAUCAAGGCGCUCAGCAGAUGCAGACUAGUGGUGAGAGGCUGCUUGUUUGA